CUCCAGCUGCACCAAAACCCUAAUUUCAGAGAGAAGCGCGCUAACGCACACACACAGCUUCCAUCUCUCUCAUUCUCUCUGACGGCAAGAGCAGCUUCUACGAUCAGCCAUGGGAAAGGUUCACGGAUCGCUCGCACGUGCCGGGAAGGUUAGGGGCCAGACCCCAAAGGUUGCCAAGCAAGACAAGAAGAAGAAGCCCAGAGGCCGCGCCCACAAGCGUAUGCAGUACAACAGGAGAUUCGUCACGGCCGUUGUUGGAUUCGGAAAGAAGAGGGGGCCUAACUCUUCCGAGAAGUAAGGUUGCUCUAUGAGGACUUUUGCUGCUUUUCUUAUGAGGCAUUAGUUUCAUUUUGAAGUACGGAUUUUGUAGUCAAACUAUGGUUUAGAUUUUCUACUGGCUCUGUUUAAUUGUUUGGAUUGGAAAAUGCUUAUUAAUAUGUGCUACUGUUGACCACAUUAUUGUGUGCUAUUGUUCUUCCUAA